AUGAAAAUAUUCGCUGAUUGUGUCCGUCGCUGGAUUAGCCACGUCACAUUGUUUACGAGUGGCGCGAGGAGGCACUUCCGAGGAACACACAGACGGACUAUUGCCACCGUUGCUUCAGCCUCAGAAAUGUCCGCUCCUGGUUUUCUCGCGUCUCUGGUCCUUCUGGUUCUUGUGGACGGAAACUCGGCGCUGUUCCAGAACAUCUCCUGGUACCGGAGCAGUCUACUGAAGCAGGACGUCCUGGCUGUAGAGGGCGCUAGUGUGCUCCUGCGCUGCAACCUGUCCCAGGAGGUGCAGUGGUUCCAUCCGAAGGGACAUCUGCUGGAGCACCAACAAGAUGGAAAGUGGCAGAUGGCGGACAGCGGCGCCUUGAACAUCACCGUGGUCUCCUUCUCGGACCGUGGUCGGUACCGCUGCUCCUCGGCCGCAGCCAACAGCUCGGUGACUCUGCGUGUGGCCUACACAGACUCGGGCCUGGGCCUGUACUACGUGGGCGUGUGCCUGGCAACCUUCACCAUCACCAUGCUGCUGAACUUCGCCCGCCUCUGCCUCAUGAGCAGCCACCUAAAGAAGACCGAGCGCGUCAUCAACGAGUUCUUCCGGACCGAGGGCGCCGAGAAGCUGCAGAAAGCCUUUGAGGUCGCCAAGCGCAUCCCCAUCAUCACCUCGGAGAAGACGCUGGAGCUGGCCAAGGUCACUCAGUUCAAGACCCUGGAGCUCGCCAGGCAAAUCGAGGACUUGGCUAAAAGCAUACCGUUACCGCCGCUCAUCUUACACUGUGUCGGAGAAGAAACAGCAGCGGACGAUCCUCAGGCGAAGGGAAGAGAGGAGGAACGAUCGUGUCGGCCUGACCUUGUCCCGCGGUCUCUGGGGCGCGUGUCCGGCCUCGUCAAGCCUUGUCCAGCCCCGUCCUGCCGUGCGCUCUGCUAA